GACGUAGCGCGGAGGCUUCGGCUGUUUAUUGUUCCUUCCUCACACGGACCGAGAGAACCCAGCUGCCUCCUCCACACGGUUCACAGUCGGUUCAACGAGAGCGUAACGGUCGAGACAGCUGACUGUACCAAGCAGGGGCCAUGGCGUACGCGUACCUCUUCAAAUACAUCAUCAUCGGAGACACGGGUGUUGGGAAGUCAUGUCUAUUACUACAGUUCACAGACAAGAGGUUUCAGCCAGUUCACGACCUGACUAUUGGUGUGGAGUUUGGAGCAAGGAUGAUCACUAUAGAUGGCAAACAGAUCAAACUGCAGAUCUGGGAUACGGCUGGUCAGGAGUCGUUCCGGUCCAUCACCAGGUCUUACUACAGAGGAGCUGCAGGAGCACUGCUAGUCUAUGACAUUACAAGAAGGGACACCUUCAACCACUUGACGACCUGGUUAGAGGACGCUCGCCAACAUUCCAACUCAAAUAUGGUCAUCAUGCUCAUUGGCAACAAGAGUGACCUGGAGUCGAGGAGAGAGGUGAAGAAAGAAGAAGGUGAAGCAUUUGCCAGAGAACACGGCCUCAUAUUCAUGGAGACCUCAGCCAAGACUGCCUCUAAUGUAGAGGAGGCUUUCAUCAACACAGCCAAGGAGAUCUAUGAGAAGAUCCAGGAAGGGGUGUUUGAUAUCAACAAUGAGGCUAAUGGUAUUAAGAUUGGACCCCAGCACCCUACCACCAACUCCACACUGUCUGGUAGCCAGGGAGGUCAACAGGCCGGAGGGGGCUGCUGCUGAAUCCCCAAAACACACACCUCCUUCGACCCAACCCUGCCUCCUCUUUCUCGCUCUCUCUUGUCCUUCCUUGCAUUUCUACAGAACUGUCCAGGCUCUCUUACAGUUUGUUAACCUCUCUCUAUAGAUCCAUUCUUCCCAUCCAUCCACCCCUCCCUCUCUGUGACUAUUUCUCUGUCUUUCAGCCAUGUCUUUACCCGAGUCUCGUGACUUACAGGUCUAGAGGCUGCAUUCUCAUAAAUCGGCCUGACUCAACAAUCUUAUGAGGAUCGAGUCAGCUUCACCUGCAGAUAUACCGACCAAAUUUUGAAGUUUAGCAGUUCACAGUUAGCAGUUGGUUGGAUGAACAGGUUUUAAUCAUUUUAUUUAAAAACAUCCAUGCAUCUUAAUUCAUGAGGAUGUUGUUGGGAUAAUUUAGUACCUCAGAAUCAUAAAAAAAAAAAAACUAUAUUUUCAGUAGCAGUGAGUUGACUUUGUCCAGAUAGAGACAGGAUCAUGGUUAGAGAUUAAACUCACUCUUAACAACUGACUUUAUGGAAUAAACCAUGUGCUGUGUGUGUACACGUUUGUACAUGUUUUUAAAGAAAAUUACACAGCACGUUGACAACAGGACAUGUUUCUGCAUGUUGAGUCAGUGUUCAUGCUGUGCCUGUGUGUGCAGGGAUGAUAUGGCUAUUCCAGUAUGUCAGUCUGUAAGAUGUAGUUGGCAUUCAAGUCACUCUGUAUAUUUUGUCCAUGGAAAGAAAAUAGCAAAUUAUGUUUUUUGUUUUUUUUGGUGCGUCCUUUCCCUAUUUUUCAUCACGUUAUUUUGUUUCUCUCUUGUCUUAGUGUCCUUUCUGCUGACUUGCUCAUGAUUUGUAUUUAAUGAACACUACAAACUGUUUGUGGCUUAAAAAAGUGUUUUAAAUUGUCUGGGGAGGGAAUAAAAGACCAAACCAUUGAGUGUGAAAAAAGAUCCUUUUCAGAAACAUUGAAAAAGACAAGUGGGACGGUUAAAGACACAUUAAGGGAUGUUGACAGCAGUGGCUGCCAUUAAGAAAUUAACAAAUAAAAGAGUAUAAAUUGGAAAUCAAAAUAUUGUUUGUAAACGGUAUUUAUCAGGCACUUUUAUUUCUGUGUAUAUAUGGCUCUUCAGGUUUCUGUAGCUUUUUUUGGGCUGUUAAUUGUGAAGCCAGACAGUUUGGACCUCCAAACAGCUCUUUAUCAUUUUAUCACCUUUCUCAUUUAAACUUAAAGGUACGCAGCCACUCUGUCAUAUGUGGGGGUUGAAGGUGCCCUUUCUUUUAAAUGACGAUGAGUAUGGAUGAUAUCGAGCCGUUAACAUGACUACGCUGAGGCUCUGAAACGAUGUGGUGGGGAUGGACCAUAACUGAAAAUGUCAUGGAAUCUCCCAUUUAAGCAGGCUUAUAUUUGUACGUUGAAUUAGCAGAUGUAUAACAUGUGCUGCUUAGAGCUUGAUCGAUGGCUGCUGCAGUGUUUUGCGUUGAGAUCAACAAAGUAACAGUUUACUGAUGCGAUCAUAUAUUCCUGCUUCGGUUUAUUAAUGGUUAAUCCCCCUUCUUCUCUCUCUCUCUCUCUCUCUCUCUCUCUCAGACUGUGUAGUAGCAUUAGCGCUGUACCGAUUUUUAAUGCCAAAUUAUUCUUUACCUGAGUUUCUUCCAUGAAUGAAAUAAAAACUAGGGGGAUCCACUAAGCCCCUAUAACCUGAUCUGAGAUCAGCUGUCUGCCUUAACUCCACCCUUCUGAGAGAUUUGGACAGCUGCCAAAAUCAAUGAAACUGACCCUUUAUCUGCAGAUAGGCAUUUUACCACUAACUAGCUAGUUGACGAUGCAUCACACGUAUGUAGAUACACACUUACAGACAUAAAAGCAGGCCUAGUUUAAAUUUUGUGUCUAACUCGCGUAAUUUCAGAUGAUUCUAAACCUGCGUAUUACAGAUAUUUUCAUCCCCUUCCCUCCAUGCACACACACACGAAGCCUGCAUACGAUAUAUUUCGUUUAUUACGAUAUAUUUAUCCUAGCUGUUCUCUCUCCAGGCUAACUGUGUAACUGUAGGGAGCUUUUGGAUUUCACACCUGUGUGAGUGAAUCGGUUUUCCUUAACCGUUUGCUCUUCUCACAUUCUUUUGCUUAUUUUUUUUUUUUAUUCCUAGACAUAUCCAGAGAGUUAUUAAUCUUAUUGUGAUUAUAUUCUUUGUAAAGCAACAUGUAGUGUGUUUGCGAAUGUGUGUUUGUGUGGAACCAGAGGGAUUACAAGGGGAGGAUCAAGCCAAACCUGACGCAUCUAUCAAUCCUAUCUCCCUAUCUAUGGAUCGAUCUAUCUAUCUUAUCUAUGUGGCCCUCCUCUCUUGCUAGUCCCUUCUCUUCCUGCCUCUCCGCCUCAACAUUAUUUGCUGUGUCUGUUCUUUGGAAAAAUAAAACAUAAAAAACAUUAAAAAAUUUAAAUGCUAUCACAAUAAACUAUAAUAAAACAUUCUAAACUCUAAA